AUGGACUCAGACUACGCAGGUGGCUCCGGAGAGGCCGACCGUGAGAUUAUUAGACUAUGGCGCACAUGGAGGACAGUGUUUGAGAUGCUUCAGGAUCGGGGCUACGAAGUGACGGAAGAUGAGGUUCAGAUUUCGCUUUCUGAGUUCAGAGCGAAGUUCCAAGAACCAACAAGUGGCCUUCCCAGACGCGACCAGAUGAAAAUCAGCGCCCGCCCCACGGAAGCCAUGCAGGCGAAAUACACGGCUCUGCCCAGCAAAUCCAACCCGAAUCCCCAACCCGACUGCGGCACGAUCUACGUCGAGUUCUGCGCGGACAGCAGUGGUGUGGGCACCAAGCAAGUCCGUACGUUCAACCACACGGUCGACGAGAAUAACUUCCACAGCGGCAUCUUCAUCACGCAGACGCCCAUUUCCCCCUCGGCCGUGCGUCUACUGAGCGGCAUCCCAGGCCGCAUCUGCGAGCACUUCCAGGAGCAAGAUUUGCUGGUCAAUAUCACACGCCACGAACUGGUGCCCAAGCACGUACUGCUCAGCCCGGAGGAAAAAGCCCGGCUGCUGGAGCGCUAUCGCCUGAAGGAGUCGCAGCUGCCUCGCAUCCAAGUUUCGGAUCCCGUGGCCAGAUAUCUCGGCUUGCGCCGCGGGCAGGUCGUCAAGAUCAUCCGCAAGAGUGAGACGGCUGGCCGGUAUGCUAGUUACCGAUGGGUCAUCUGA